CACAUUUCCAGUAGCGCUCCUCUCUCUCUCCCCCUCACUGCAUAAACAAAAUAUCUCACCAUAUUGCACCAACGCUAACGAAGAAGACCAACCGACCUACCGACAGAGACUGCGAAGAAACGAAAUCGCUCUUCAUAUAGCUUAAUAAGAAGAAGAAGAAGUAGAAGAUGAGCCGACAUCCUACUGUAAAGUGGGCCCAGAGGUCUGAGAAACUGUUUAUCACCAUUGAUUUACCGGAUGCAAAAGAUGUGAAGCUUAAACUGGAGCCAGAGGGAAAGUUCUCCUUUUCUGCUACUGGUGGAGCAGAUAACAUACCUUAUGAAAUAGAUAUGGAUCUGUACGACAAGGUUGCUGUAAAUGAGAGCAAGGCUAAUAUUGGCUCAAGAAAUAUAUGCUACCUCAUAAAGAAGGCAGAAAAUAAAUGGUGGAGCAGACUGUUGAAGCAAGAGGGAAAACCACCAGUGUUUUUGAAAGUUGAUUGGGACAAAUGGGUUGAUGAAGAUGAGCAGGACAAUAAACAUGGAGCUGAUAUGGACUAUGGCGAUUUUGAUUUCUCAAAACUUAACAUGGGUGGGGAUGGAGAUUUUGACCUUGAUGCUGAUGGUGUUGACAAGGAUGAAGGAGAUGACAUUGACACUGAAGGGACUGAGGAAGCAGCCCCUUCUACUAGUGAAGUGCCUCCUAGUAGUAAACCUGAGGCAAAAGCUUGAGAGCUUUCGGGUAUUUGUGCAUUUUGUUUUGGACUUCUAAUCCACCGUUAUACUCGGUGUUAUGUGAAUGUUAGAUAGAAAGAGAAAAACUGUCUCCAGCGUAGUUGUGCUUGGUUUUUGAUCUGUCUAAAACUACAUGCAAUAGAGGUAUUUAUCACACUCCUACGUCUGUCAACGAAAUCUGUUUUGCUUUAUGUACCAUGCAUCUUAAAAGAUCCUGAAUCUACCUCGCAUUUUGGUCGAGAAAAGAGAAAGUACACUUCCAGCCUACUUGGUAGUUAGACAGCUAAAUGUGGUGUCUAAUGAUGUGGAAAUGGUGUUCUGGGCUGUUGUAUCUCAUUUAUGCUGUCACACUGUGUUGCACCUGUUUGUUCAAAACUUCGGUGGGAGGAGUUCAAUUUAUAUGCCAUGUGAUUGAAUGAGGACACUCAAGAAGGAUGAAAAAUUCUCUCCUCA